AUGUCACCGCUCAACCAAACUACUGAUAACCACCAGACCUUCUUCACUCUGACUGGGAUUGCAGGAAUGCCAGAGAAGGACUUGUGGAUGGCCUUGCCCCUCUGUCUUCUCUACAGCACCACGUUCCUGGGCAAUGUCACCAUCCUUGUUGUGAUCAAAGUUGAGCGAAGUCUCCAUGAGCCUAUGUAUUAUUUUCUGUCCAUGUUAGCUGCUACUGACCUUAGCCUUUCACUAUCUUCCAUGCCCACCAUGGUCAGUGUUCACUGGUUCAGCUGGCGCUUAGUAUCUUUUAAUGCUUGUAUCACCCAGAUGUUCUUCAUCCACACCUUUGAGGGAGUAGAGUCAGAUGUUCUGGUGACCAUGGCCUUUGAUCGCUUUGUGGCCAUCUGCUUUCCUUUGCACUAUACUACCAUUCUUACCCAUGGCAUCACUGGCAAAAUUGGAGCAGCAGUCCUGCUGCAGAGUGUGGGGGCUGUGCUCCUUGUGCCUUUCCUCAUCAAAAGGCUACCUUUCUGCCACUCCGAUGUCCUCUACCAUGCAUACUGCCUCCAUCAGGAUGCCAUGAGGCUUGCCUGUGCUGACACAAGUGUCGAUAGCAUCUGUGGCCUGCUGGCUGUGAUCUUCAUUAUUGUGUUAGAUGCCUUAAUCCUCUUGGUGUCUUACAUUCUAAUCCUCCAGGCAGUGUUGGGCAUUGCUUCCCGGGAAGAGAGGCUCAAGGCUAUCAACACCUGUUUCUCUCAUAUCUGUGCAGUGCUGCUUUUCUAUGUGCCUCUCAUCGGCAUGACUGUUCAUCGCUAUGGGAAGCAUCUGUCACCAGUAAUACACACAUUUAUGGCCAAUGUCUACCUGCUGCUCCCUCUUGUGCUCAGUCCCAUUGUGUACAGUGUUAAGACCAAGCAGAUCCGGCGGCACAUCAUCCAGGCGUUCUGUGGGGGCAGGGUUGGCCCCUAA